GGGGAUUGGGCGGGAUUACACUUCCCUGUGCAGUUCUGGAAGUGGGAGUUUGGGACCGCAGCAGGACCACUCCCAACCCAAGAGAGCGCAGGAAGGUUGCCGUGGAGACGGCGGGGCGGGAUCUGCUCGCCCAGCCCGCGGCGCGGACGGGUGACGCAGUGCGCAGGCGCCGGGCGGGUCAGUUGGCGCCCGGAUGGAGCGAGAGCGGUUGGUUCGGAAGGUGACAACACUGCAGGGCUGCGUCCGGGGCUUCUUGGUCCGACGCCAGUUCCAGAGUCUUCGAGCUGAGUAUGAGGCUGUUGUACAAGAGAUCGAGGGUGAUCUGGGCACACUUCAGUGGACCAGGGGCUGGAUUCCCAGGCCUCAAUUUCUCCCAAAGAAGGCAAAAUCCCAUCAGACCUGGAAAGCUGGAGAAAGAGUACCAGAUCCAGAGCAGGAACUGUGGAGCCGCUUCCCCUGUAAAGAGCCUGAGAAAGAGGCCAUCUGGGAGGGGAUGAUACUGAAGAAGUCUGGAGAGAGCUCAGCAAACUCAGGCAGUUUUCCCUGCAGAGAUGAAAGCCCAUGGCCUCAGAAUGAGCAGAGCACGAAGACCAGGAAACUGAGUCAAGGGGAGACCAGAGACAUGUCAAGGAUGGAGAAUCCAGAAGCUGCAGAUCCAGGACUGUCCCACAGCCAGACUGAGCUCCAGGAGCUCCAGUAUCAGCGCAGCCACUUGGCCAUGGAGCUGCUGUGGUUACAGCAGGCCAUCAAUAGCCGUAAGGAGUACCUGAUUCUCAAACAAACACUGAACUCUUCAGAGGUGAAUCAGACCAGAGACCAACCCUGCAUGUGCCCAGACCAUGGGGGUCAGGGCUGUGAGAAAGGAGAGUCACAACCAGUCCCACCACUGGAAGACCAUUCCUCUAGAGCCAGGCCCACUGGAGAGCAAGACCAUGUGGAUGACUCCUGCUGGAGACUCAAAUCACAGCCCCACAGAUCCCCAGAAAGACUGGCCACUACAGACAAAACCACUGCUGGGGCCAAGUACAGGGACUCAUGCUACAGGCGGACCGGACCACAGCUGCCCACACCAUUAGAUAACCAGGCCGUAGGGAAGAGGUUCAGCAAAGAGCCAGACGCUGGGGAACAGAUCUUUGGAGGGACCUGCCUGCAACUAACAGAACUUCUAGAGAACCAGACCCCCAAAGGCCUCAAACCUAGGGGCUACUAUUCUGGAAAAGCCAGGACACAGCUGCCCACACUCUGCGAGGACCCAGACAUUGAAGACAAGUCUCCCAGAGGGCCAGACCAAAAAAAGCCUGAUGGCCAAAAAACUAGACCACGAGAGUUGGGCCUCUCAGAGGACCACGUCAUCUGGGAUGGGUCUUUGGCAGAGCAUGGUGGCCUGGAUCUCUGGAAGAAUAAACCACCCAAGAGCCAGACCUCCAGUGAUAAAAGCUCCAGAGAUAGGACCUCCAAUGAAUCUAGUCAUGAAGGGUGGAAAACCCAGAAGACUGUACCGUGGAGAUCAAGGCCACCUGAGAAACUGUCUUCCACAGGGUCAGACCACACAGCAGAGGACCACUGGAGGGGCAGGCCGUGGAAAACAGGACCACCAGGCUAGACCCUACAGAACCAGGGAGGACCAGGUUUCAAAGGGGGAUGCUGUGAAAGGGCAACGAGGGAGACAGGACCUCAUCCUAACUCCCUGGUACCAGCUCUGCCUCCUGCCCCUGCCCCUGGCCAUUGGGAGGUAAUGAGGCAAAGAGAAGCUAGAGCACAGGGCUGGCACCCGCGGGGGGAAUGGAAGGAGGAGGAUGCUCUUAUCCUCAGCCUGUGGCUCAAUCCAAAUUUUGGGACAGGGAGGUACCUGGGGUGAGUGAAGUUGGCAGGCCUGAUGGAGAAUAAAGGUUUUCCUUAGCUUCUGA